AUGGGAUCACUUGUGGGACAUGUUUUACCUGGUUUUGCCUUCUUAGUACUUGGCCUAUGGCACUUAUUCAACAACAUCAAACGCUUUUGUCUCCAUCCAAACACCUUCACUUCAUCUCCAUGGUUCCCAAUAUCAAAGCUUAGACACUUAGAGCUCUACUUAAUUAUGUUCUCUUCAUCAGCUUCCAUAUCCAUGGAGCUCUUCAUUGGACCUAGAAGACACCAUCCCUUUGACUCCGAUGGCACCAUCCCAUCGAAUCACCUCCGCAACUUCGAACAUUCUUCCAUCUCCAUYUCCUUCUUGGUCUAUGCCGUUUUCGCAUUAAUCCUCGAUCAAGCACAGCCUAGAGCCACGGCUUCUGAGGGACUAACCCUCCUCGCUGCAGCCGCUGCCUUCACUCAGCAGCUACUUCUCUUCCAUUUUCACUCUACCGAUCACAUGGGCUAUGAGGGACAAUACCAUUUGAUCCUCCAACUCAUUAUCUUCGUCUCUCUUCUCACCACUCUCAUGGGUAUUGCCUUCCCCAAGAGUUUCUUUGAUAGUGUUGCGAGAUCUUCAAGCAUAGCCUUUCAAGGAGUGUGGCUCAUAGUAAUGGGUUUCAUGCUUUACACACCGAGUUUGAUCCCCAAGGGAUGUUCUAUUCACGACGAACGAAGACACCUAGUGGUUAAGUGUGCCACUGAAGAAGCUCUUCACAGAGCUAAAUCGCUGGUAGAGUACUCUAGUUUAACCAUGAAUAAUCAAACAGAACAAGAUGAUGAAGAACAACAACACUUUGAAUUGAAGUCGACUAAUGAGAAAACGAGUUUUGUCCAAAUGGGUAAACUCGUUGGACAUGGGCAGAGAUUGUGA